CCUGUGAAUGUGACUUUUGAGGGAUUUACAAAACGUGGUAGGGUCUUCAAAUACAGCUUCAGAGAUUCCAUAGGUUCUUUGUGGGUUCUACUAUUUUAGUCCAUAAUGGGUGAGAAAACAUUGACAUUUUUCCAUGGUGGAUUUUUCCUCCAUAGACUUGAUUUACGGUAUAUUGGAGGGGAUAGGUAUGUUCAAAAUGUUGAUGAAGACAAGAUUAGUUAUUUUGAAAUUCGAGGCAUUGUAAUUGAUGAUUUGAAGCUAAACUUUUCAAGAUUAUAUUAUAGUAUACCGCAACUUGGUUUGGAGCAAGGAUUAUUUGAAAUUCGUAAUGAUAUUGAUGCAUUAGAAAUGGCAGAACAUUUAAUUGAACACGGUAAUGUGAAUGUUUAUAUUCACAAUGGGCUUGGGCAUAUGCUACUUAAUGCACCUCAUAGUAUUCAUGAUGUUAUUGAAAUUGAUGAUGAUGAGAAUGAGAAUGAAGAUAAUGAAGAAAUUGGUAAUGCAAUUGAGGGUGAUCAUAGUGAUGACGAAAUUGAUGGUGACUAUGUUAAUGAAGCUGUUGACAUAUCUCAAUUAAGUUCUAAUGAAGAAAAUCAAGUCAAUGAAUCAAUUGAUGUCCAUUGGAUGAGUGAAGAUGGGGACCACAUGGAUGCUACCAAUUCUAGUUUUCUUGGGGGUUUAAAUGUCAAUUUACAUCAUGCUAAUCUAGACCAAAGCACCAGAGAUGGAUUUUAUGUGGAAAUAAAUGUUCUCAAUGAUAAAGAUGAUGACGAAUUGAUAAAUGCAUAUGGAAAACAAGCUGAUUUUUGGAGGCAAACACAUGUUGCUUCUUCUAAUUGCUGCUUAUUGGAUUGUGAUGAUGUUUUUGAGGUACCAAUAGGGGUUCAUAAGGGCAAAGGAAAGGAGAUUGCAGAAGAUAUCAAUGGUGAAUACAAGUUGUCCAAUUCCAAUACAUCUAUUGCUAGUUCUGAAGGAGAGAGAGACUCGGACUACAUUGACAGUGAUGAUCCAGGAGAGUAUGUAUCAGAUUCUGGUAAUGAAUUCUUUGCUAUUGAUGAUGCUCUUAGGCAAAAAACUUCAUGUCUUGUUUAUGACCCCACUUGUGCUAUUCCACAUUUUGAGCUUGGUAUGAAAUUUCAAAAUUAUAUCCAAUUCAAGAAAGCUGUUGCCAAGUACUCUUCAUACAAGGGGUUUGCUCCUAAGUGGUUAAGAAAUGCUCCUGAUAAGCAAAGAAUUAGAUGCAUGGCUAAAAAUUGUCCAUGGCAUAUUUCUGCAACUUAUCAGAAAGGGAUGGCAACUUUAAAGUGGUAGCUUUGGUUAGGGAGUAUAUUUGCCUCAAAAAUAUGAAAAAUCCAGCAGUCACCGCAAAGUUUUUAGCUGAGCAUCACAAAAUGAGAAUUCGGACAAUAUCAAGGAUUAAAAUCAGUGAGCUAAU